UGUGUGUGUGUGUGUGUGUGUGUGUGCGUGUGUGUGUGUGCGUGUGUGUGUCCGUGUUCCUCCCUCUUCCCUCCUCGUCAGGUCUCGUGUUGUCUCGCGGUACUUGUCCAUCAGAGAAGAAGAAGCAGCGGCAGCGGAAGCAGAGAAGAAGAAGAAGACUUUGCCCGGAACCUAGUCUCAGUUUGUCGCAGCGGCUGUUUGACGGUUUGUGAUCCGGUGGAAUGAUCGUCGGGCUCCGGUGAUCUCAGUCUGUCUGGCUCGAGUCCGCAUGGAGGUGACCCGGUCUCCCCCCGAGGAGGGGGAGCUCGAAGACGGAGAGAUCUGCGAUGAUGAAACCGAGGAGAGUGUGCCUCUCCGGCGGGGGGAGGGUAGCAGGCCGGGCGGAGCGGCUCCUCCGCGGACACGGAAGCCUCGCCAACACCCGCACAUGCUGCCUCACAUGGGCCACCCGCCGCCGGACUUCCGCCUCCGGAUGCCGUACAACCUCGUAGCUCAUGGACACGGUCCUUUCCCCCAGGCCCUGCGGCAACAGUGCGGGCCGAGCGGGCCCGAUCGGCCUCCCUCUCCGCUUCCGCCUCCUCUGCCGCCGCCGGGACUCGGUCCUCGCGGCGAGCCCAGCCCGGGGUCCAGCUUCUGGGAGCGGAGUCACGGAGCCCUGGGCAGGUUCAGGCACCGGGUCAUGCCGAACGGUGGACGUGGGGCCUGGAGUCGAGGCGGCCGGGGAGGGGGAGGCCCCGGCUGCAGAGCCCCGGUCGGUCGCUACGGACUCGGAGAGAGUCACGGUAACAAAACCGACUCUCCGUCGAGAAAACAGAAGCUUCAGGGCCGGAAUCAGACGAGGAAAGCGACUCACUCUGUUUCCAAAGCAGAGAAAAGUGUUGACGAAUCCUUCGAGGACCUUCUGUCCAAGUACAAGCAGAUUCAGCUGGAGCUGGAGUGCAUCCGCAAAGAGGAGACCAUGGCCCGGGAGCCCAAAGCCUCGCCCGCCAGAGAGGAGGUCCUCGACCACACGGCCAGUAUCACAGAAACCAGACCAGAGCCUGAGGCGGCUCCUAGUCUGGCAGGAGGCGAGGAGGCAUCAGAGCUGGAGAGGAAGGUGUUCCAGGCGUUCAACAUCAAACCACUGCGUCAGAAACUGCCGGCUCCCGCUCUCCUGGACGAGCUGAAGGACAAACAGAGCGAGGCCGGCACAGGGGGCGGGGCAGAGAAACAGGGUGAGGAAGAACAAACAAGAGAAGAUGGAGGAGGAACAGAACCGAGGCCUGAACCUGAGGCCGAGGAGAAAACCUGUUUGUGCUGCAGCGAAGAAACCGACAGAGACGAGAAGGACAAACAUAAAGAGAUUUGCUCCUGCUGCAGAGAGUCGUCGGCGUCCAGCGAGGACUCUGCCGUCUCUCCUGACAAGCCCGUGGUGAAGGUGGAGGAGGAGGAGCUGUCAGAGCUGCAGCUGCGUCUCCUCGCUCUGCAGUCAGCCAGUAAGAAGUGGCAGCAGAAAGAGCAGCAGGUGAUGAAGAAGAGCAAAGACCGGAUCACUCGAGCCGCUCAGGAGAAGAAAUCUGGCCCCAGCCCCGGGGCCGCCCCUGCCACCAGACAGAGAGUGACCACCCGGUCAGUCUCCUCCGCUGCUGCUGCUGCCGCUGCACAGAGGAAUAGAGCUAGAGCCAGACCUCUGGACAGGGACCGAGACAGAACCAAGAUCGGCAACCGACCCCCUGAGAGAGACAGGCUCAAACAGAGUCCGAAACCUGGUCCCAAAGCUCUGCAGGACAGAGGGCGCACACCAGGAAAACCUCACAUGACCAAGAAGAUGAUCAGUCCAGGCUCGGUGGCGAAGCAGGCGUUCAGGAAGCAGCAGCUGAGGACAUGGAAACUGCAGCAGCAGCGACAGCAGGAGGAGAAACGACGGCAGGACGAGGAGGAGCGACGCAAACGAGAGGAGGAGAUCCGCAGAAUCCGCGACCUGUCCAACCAGGACGAGCAGUACAACCGCUUCAUGAAGCUGGUGGGAGGCAAGAUGAGGACGCGCAGUAAGUCCAGGGACCGUGAACACAGGAAGUCCACGGGUAAGCCGGGCCUGGACGCCUCAGGUAACCUCUACCAAUAUGACAACUAUGACGAGGUGGCGAUGGACACCGACAGCGAGCCCAGUUCACCAGUCCCGUCUCCAACACGCGUGUCGUUCAGCCCUGAAGGUCCAGGAUGUUUCUCUCAGGUGUCUCUGUAUGUGACGGACCCGGCUCAGUUCGGACUGGAUUUCUCUCAGGCUUUCCUCUCCCCCAUUUUGUCUGCUCUUCCUCCCCCGCCUCCGCCUCUCCCCCCUCCACCAGAUGAGCUGGACCCCCCCCCAAAACCUCCGUUGGCUGACGAGGAGGAGGAAGAGGAGAUGCUGCUGAGGGAGACGUGUCUCAUGUCCAUGGCUAACAAGAGGGUGGCAGUGAAUGAGGAGACGAGCUCCAGUGGUCCCCCCUCCCCCGGCUGCCAGCCACCUGGAGGUGUUCCGCUGCCACCCAGAGGGAACCUGAGCACCGUCAGCCUGAACACGGUGUCGCAGCCAAGGACCAACAAGUUCACCAGAGGACACCCCCCCAGAGCACCACUGGUGCUGCCCAGACACAAGUCGGUGGUGGUUUCACUCAACGAUUCAGACGACAGUGACUCGGACGUGGACGCCUGCAGCUCCACACAGACGGUGUUCGGUGGACUGGAGUUCAUGAUCAAAGAAGCCAGGAGGACGGUGGAGGCAGCGAAGCCUAAAGGAGCCUCAGGAUCUGAGAAGGAGAACAACCCCGUCAGAACUCCAGAGGCUUUACCUGAAGCAAAGAAGGCAGAGUACCGUCAGCUCAAAGAGGAAAUCGCCAGCAGGGAAAAGCAGAAGAUGUUGAAGGACCAGAGUCCUUGGAGCUCCAGCCCUGCUUUGACCGAGUCUGUGAUCGAUCUAUCAGCGAGAAUGACAGUGGAGGCGAAGCUGAGUGAGGCCGAGCAGAGACUCAACAAGAACAGGGAGCUGCUGCAGAGAGAUGAGGCCGUCCUCAGACAGCUGCUGCAGCAGGAGCUGAAGAAGAAAGAGUCUCUGAAGGUCGCUGAGGCCAAAGUCAUCAAAUUGAGAGAGCAGCUGCAGGCCUCAGAGAAGAUCGUCAGUGCCAACAAGACCCUCCUCAAGAAGCUGCAGGAACAGGUGCAUCGUGUUGAACAUCGGGUGUCCAUCAAGAAGAGUCAGGCUGCCAGGCUGGAGCAGGAACUGGCCCAGGCUCAGCUGGCGGCUGGACGAGGAUCCAAACGCAAAUCUGACCCGAACCAAACCCCUGUCAGGAAGCUGCAGCGGGUGGACGCCCCCCCCCGCGGCUCCGAGCGUCACUUUGCGGAGCUGAUCGCUCAGAAGCAGCGGCUGCAGCAGCUGGAGUCUGAGUACGCUCUGAAGAUCCAGAGGCUGAAGGAGGCCCAGGCGCUGCACCACAAGGUCCCAUCGGAGCCGCCGGCACGAGCCCCCACCCCUCCGGACCCUCAGGCCCAGACCCCCCCCUCUUCCAGUCCCAUCCCUCUUCCCCAGCCUUCCCUGCACGACCUCACCCAGGACAAACUCACACUAGACAGCGAAGACGUAGCCGAGGUUGACGAACCCGAACCUGCGCCUACACCUGCUGCCGCCGCCGCUGCUCGAGGCCCCCGUCGCCACUCGCUCCGUCAGUCCAGCUGCUCCUUCACCAAACCCAACCUGGAGCAGCUGAGCUCCACCCCAGCUAAAGACAGCAGCUCCAAACCUGCCAAGACUACGAGCAGCUGCGAGGCUCCUGCAGAGAUGCUGACGGGGCUGGACCUGGAUGCUCUGAAGCUCCGGCACCGGCAGCAGGCCCGGCUCGGAGAGCUGCUGCAGAGCGAGCUGCACAAACUGGGACAGCACAUUGACCACGCCCCCAGUGGACAGGAGGUCUCCGUGGAGGUUGACACGACAUCAAGUCCGUUAGGAAGUCCAGACCUGAAACCUGUUCCCUUUGGACCGUACCACAGCCCACUACUGGUUUUCAAGUCCUAUAGGUUCAGUCCGUAUUACAGGACCAAGGAGAAGUUAUCGCUGAGCUCCGUCACGUACAGCAACGCCAUCGAGCCCAGGAAGUGCUUCUGCCGCUUCGACCUCACAGGAACCUGCAACGACGACGACUGCAGAUGGCAGCACAUGAGAAACUGCUCUCUUACGGCCAACCAGCUCUUCACGGAUAUUCUGUCGUACAGUUUGUCUCUGAUCGGCUGUUCUGAGAGCAGCUCGGACGACGACGUCGGUAUCGCCACAGAGAAAUACAUGAAGAAGCUGUUUGGCACAAACAAAGACCGGAUGGGCGUGGACCAGAAGGCCGUCCUCCUCGUCAGCAAAGUCAACGAGAGCAAGCGACACGUUCCUCCGUUCACCACGUGUAAGGACGUGAGGAGGUGGAGGCCGAAGCCGUCGGCACAGUCCGGCCUCGGGCCUGAAGACGACAGCGAGCACGAAGCCGCACCGGGACACGUCUCACCUGGAAGACCCGACGACCGCACUAAGAUCAGCCACUCGACUGCAGACGUGUGCAUCACGUCAGAAGACAAGCGUUACUUUGACAGUGAGACGGACGACCUGUCCAACCUGGAGAGCAGCGUCCUGGAGAACCCUGGAGACACUCAGCUGUGGAUCAAACUGGCCUUCAAGUACCUGAGUCAGAGUGAAACGUCUGCGGGCGAGAGUUUGGAGGCCGCCCUCAACACGCUGUCCCGGGCUCUGGAGAGUAACUGUGACGACCCGGAGGUGUGGACUCACUACCUGUCCCUGUUCUCCAGGCGGGGGAGCAGGGAGGAGGUGCAGGAGAUGUGUGAGAUGGCUGUGGAGCACGCCCCCGACUACAUAGUGUGGUGGAACUACCUGAACCUGGAGAGCUCGUUCGAGGGGCGGGACUAUGUCUGUGAUCGUCUGCUGCACUUCCUGUUGACGGAGGCGUCGGCACGACUCACAGACAAACUGUCCUUCCAGCUGAUGGAGGCGCUGCUCUACAGAGUCCAGCUCCACCUGUUCACCGGCCGGAUGGAGGGCGCGCUCGCCAUCCUGCAGAAUGCUUUGAAGUCAGCUGACGAGCGGAGUAUUGCCGAGCACCUGACCCCCACCGACCGGGCGCUGGUGUGGCUGUCCUACAUCCACCUGACGGAGUUCGACCGGCUGCCGGCCGGCCUCUGGGACCCGGCCGAGUCCGGUCCGUCCAGAUUGGUCAGCAGAGAGUCCUUCCUGCUGCCGUGGAGAUCACCACAGGACAUCAGCACGCCACUGGACGUCCUCAUCGCUCUCUUUCAAGAUGCCGUCCACCGGUGCACCGACAAGUCUCUGUCCCAGAGCGAGAGGACGCUGGCUUGUCUUCCUCUUCACAACAACCUCAUCUUCCUCAACAAGCUGCUGCAGAGGUACGACGAGGCUGUUGCUCUGUGUGAGUCUCUGCUGGAGCUCUGUCCUGAGUCCUGCGCUCUGCGAGACGCUCUGGCCGACCUCCACAUCAGGAAAGGUAACGGCGACCAGGCGGUCAGCAUGUGGCUGCACGCUCUGGCCGAGUGUCCCAACAACGCUGAAGUGUUCUAUCACUCCUGCAAGUUCCUCAUGACUCAGGAGAAGUCGAGUGCCGUGGCUCCUCUGUUCCGAGGGUUCAUCUUGUCGCUCUGCGAGGACGAACAGAGUCAGAAGAAACCUGUGGAUGUUCUCCGUCACAUCCUUGGUUUUCCCAGCGAGGAGCUUCUGAGAAGUCCCGUUGUCAAAAAGGAUCUUCAGGAGCAACUCAACCAGCAGACGCCCUACCUGCACCUCAUCCACUGUCGCUGGCAGUGGCUGCACGGUUCUGUGGAGCAGACGACAGACGCCUUUGAGAGGGCGCUGGGAUCCCCCCUGCAGCUGGAGGAGCUGCACACCUUGUGGCUGGAUUACCUGAUGUUCAGCGUCGGUCAGCAGAGCUGUGCUCCAUCCAGACAGUUCUCCCAUCUGGUGCAGCGCUGCCUGAGCACCGUCCCCUCUCGCCUGGAGCUGCCCUUCAACCCAGCAGAGUUCUGGAACUGCUACCGCUUCCACAACCAGGUGGUUACUCUUUAUCUGAACCGUCUGCCACAGUCCCAGCAUGCACCUGUGAUGGAGAGACUGAGAUACGCCAUGCCCACCAACACUGAACUGAGCCUAAGGUUGCUGUUUGUCGAGUGGCAGGAUGGAAACAUUGAACAUGUGAAGUUUCAGACUCGGAUGUUGACAAGUAACUUUCCAAAGAGUUUAACGCACUGGAAAAUAGCGAUCGCCAUGGAGACGGAGCUCCAGGAGUCAUGUGAGGUGCGACUCCUCUAUCAUCAGGCUCUUCAGAACCUUCCUCUCUGUGCCGCCCUGUGGAAACAUCGCUUGCUGUUUGAGGCGGCUCAGGGCGCCGCCUCUUCUAGGUUAAAGAGACUCGUCGACCGCUGUGGUCAAGUGGGCGUGAGUUUAGUUGUGGGUCAAGCGCAGGGAGGAGAUCAGUGAUGUCAUCAGCUGUGACGGACUCUCGUCGUCAGCAGUAAAAAGAAAGCAGCUGAUUGGCUGCAGAGGAUUGAAUGAGACAGACGAGGUAAGACAGACUUGGUGGCUGCGCCCCCUGCAGGACGUCUGGUGUGCUCAUGGCGUGAGACGAGAUAAUGUCUGAACGUAAGUAUCGAGCAGAGGGACGGUGUCUCUCUUCAUGUCCUCCCUUCUUCUGUUUCUCUCUUUUCAUUUGGAUUCAUUUUCCCUCUUAUUUUAACUCAUCUGGGGGGCGGGGGGCUGUGUUUGACCCCCCCACCCCCCCACCACCCCACUACCCCACUGCUGCACGUUGUCUUUUUGUGUCCCAGAGGAAACGAAGACUUUUAUUUGGUUAAAGUGAUCAAAGUAAUUAGUGCUUAUUGAUCCAGCUGCUGCCUGUGUAGUAUUUUCUGUGAGUGACUGAGACUGAUCCACGCUGAGCGGCGGCCAUCUUUAAACACAAGUGACUCGCCAACGUGAUCCGAUGUGAAAUUUGUCCUUUUGGUUUGUUUCUGCCAUAAAAUCAUUAAAGAGUAUUAGCAAGGAGCAGAGCGCCUCCUGCUGGUGUUUCUGUUGGAAUCAAAUGUUAUUAAAUUAUUUUCUAAUCAAA